GGCCUGAGCGUAUCGUCGGUGUCGACGUAUCGGCAUGCUGUCGUUUUAAAUCAAUGCCAACAGGCAGCGCUCAUUCACCAGCAGUCGGGGUCAUUUGACUCAUCUCCACCGCGCAUCGCGCAGGAUCGACGCAGUAACAUGGUGCGCUGCGCGGGGCCACAUUUGCCCCAUCAGAACAGACACAGAUUCCUGGCGUUUACGAGCGUAUACAUAACUACGACGGGCUCCCUUUCCCGCCCGGUCCGCCUGGGAUGCCGCUUAUCGGCAAUGCUUUCGACUUCCCGACGUCGAACAUUGCGCGCAGAUUCCACGACUUUGCGAAGCGAUAUGGACCGAUGGUUUAUUUCAACAUACUGGGCCGCUCUAUCAUCGUGAUCGACUCCUACGAUGUAGCAUGCGAACUUCUGGACAAGAGGUCCAGGAAUUACUCCGACAGACCCGACUCCGUCAUGUUGAGCUUAACAUCAUUAUCGACUUUCAACCUGCCGCUGAUCAAGUACGGGCAACGAUGGAGACACCACCGGCGAAUCUUCCGCCAGACCCUGCAACCCACCUCCGUGAACACUCACUUUCUCCCCAAUAUCCGACAAGUCACACCCGACCUCCUCCUAAACUUGCUGGAGAAGCCCAAGGCAUUCUCGCGCCAUACCAGUCAUGUGCUCGUGGCGUCUAUCUUGAGCAUCGGAUAUGGCAUCAAGAUACCCAGAGACGACGAGUAUUACGGGAAUAUGUUGCAUCACACGCUCAAGAUCGUCGAGGCCGUUGUGGUCCCUGGGAAGUAUCUAGUAGAGCUUUUUCCCGUUUUACAAAACUUGCCGGGAUGGUUCCCCGGUGCGGGGUUCAAGCGAGACGCGAGCACCGUUCGGGAGAAAGUCCUUGAUGCGAGGCGGACGCUAUACGAGGAUGGGAAGAAGUGCUUGGAUGCUGAGUCCACCGACGAAACCAUGCUUUCUAUGAUGCUGCGGCGCAUCGCAACACUUGAAGCCGAUGCCGCUGCAGACGAAGAAGAGCAAUCUACAGGCGCACUGAUAGGGACAUACAUGGCCGGCUCAGACACUACCGUAGCCUCCUUGAAAGCCUUCUUCCUCGCGAUGGCAAUGUACCCAGAUGUUCAGAAGAAGGCGCAAGACGAACUCGAUCGGGGCGUCGGGCGCACACGCCUUCCCGAUUUCAACGAUCGCGACAACUUGCCGUAUAUCAACGCGGUCGUGCGGGAGCUCACCCGCUGGAACAUCGUCGCACCCCUGGCGCUGCCUCACGCCGUUCUUGAAGACGAAGAGUACAACGGGUACUACAUACCCAAGGGAUGCAUCGUUAUGCCAAACGUCUGGGCAUUCUCCCGCGACCCAGACGUAUACCCAGACCCAGAGGCUUUCAACCCGGACCGUUACAUAAAAGACGGCCAGUUCUCCCCCGGCAAUCGGGACCCAUACGCAUACAUUUUCGGGUUUGGCAGAAGGAUCUGCCCGGGCCGCUAUCUCGCGGACUCUACGCUGUUUCUCACCUGUGCGCAGACGCUACACGUAUUUAGCAUCUCACCACCUUUGGACGACGGUGGACGCCCGGUGCAACUCGAAGCCAAUUUCGACGUCGACUCUGUCAUAUCCCACCCGAAGGACUUCGAAUGUGUUGUAGAGCCUAGGUGGGCGGGUGCCGCAGACCUUAUCAAGUCUUAG